AUGAGAACAACAAAGGUCUACAAACUCGUCAUCCACAAGAAGGGCUUUGGGGGCAGUGAAACUAUCAGUGUGGACCAGACUGUGACUCAAGUGUUCCGGCUGAGACCUUACCAAGAUGUCUAUGUGAAUGUUGUAGACCCUAAGGAUGUGACUCUUGACCUAGUGGAAUUAACUUUUAAGGAUCAGUAUAUUGGCCGUGGGGAUAUGUGGCGAUUAAAGAAAAGUUUGGUCAGCACAUGUGCUUAUAUUACCCAGAAGGUGGAAUUUGCUGGCAUCAGGGCACAGGCUGGUGAGCUGUGGGUCAAGAAUGAGAAGGUCAUGUGUGGUUAUAUCAGUGAAGAUACCAGGGUGGUGUUCCGUUCUACGUCGGCUAUGGUUUACAUAUUUAUUCAGAUGAGCUGUGAAAUGUGGGAUUUUGAUAUUUAUGGGGAUCUAUAUUUUGAGAAAGCUGUGAAUGGUUUCCUUGCUGAUCUAUUUACCAAGUGGAAGGAGAAGAACUGUAGUCAUGAAGUAACAGUGGUCCUAUUUUCUAGAACUUUCUAUGAUGCAAAAUCUGUUGAUGAAUUUCCUGAAAUAAACCGAGCCUCAAUUAGACAGGAUCACAAGGGGCGAUUCUAUGAAGACUUUUACAAAGUGGUGGUGCAGAAUGAGAGAAGAGAAGAGUGGACUUCCCUCCUCGUGACCAUUAAAAAGCUCUUCAUCCAGUAUCCGGUGUUGGUGCGCCUGGAACAGGCAGAGGGCUUUCCUCAAGGAGACAAUUCUACCUCAGCACAGGGAAACUACCUGGAGGCCAUCAAUCUGUCAUUCAACGUGUUUGACAAGCACUACAUCAACCGCAACUUUGACCGAACCGGACAGAUGUCUGUGGUGAUCACGCCCGGGGUGGGUGUCUUCGAGGUGGACCGCCUGCUCAUGAUCUUGACCAAGCAACGGAUGAUAGACAACGGAAUCGGUGUGGACUUGGUAUGCAUGGGAGAGCAACCGUUACAUGCCGUCCCAUUGUUCAAGCUACAUAAUCGGAGUGCUCCUCGGGAUUCUCGUCUGGGUGACGACUAUAAUAUUCCUCACUGGAUAAACCACAGUUUCUACACGUCCAAAAGCCAGCUCUUUUGUAACAGUUUCACCCCACGAAUAAAACUGGCAGGAAAGAAGCCUGCCUCUGAGAAAGCAAAAAAUGGCCGUGAUACGUCUCUCGGAUCUCCAAAAGAAUCUGAGAAUGCCCUUCCCAUCCAAGUAGAUUAUGAUGCCUAUGACGCUCAAGUGUUCAGGCUGCCUGGCCCAUCCCGGGCUCAGCGUCUCGCCAUCUGCAGGUCUGUGCGAGAACGGGAGAGUCAGAGUCGAAAGAGUGCCAGCUCCUGUGAUGUCUCAUCCAGCCCUUCCCUGCCGAGCCGUGUGCUGCCCACUGAGGAAGUGAGGAGCCAGGCUUCUGAUGACAGCUCCCUGGGCAAGAGCACCAACAUCCUGAUGAUCCCACACCCCCACCUGCACCAGUAUGAAGUUAGCAGCUCCUUGGGCUACACCAGCACUCGAGAUGUCCUGGAGAACAUGAUGGAGCCACCACAACGAGACUCCAGCGCACCGGGGAGGUUCCACGUAGGCAGCGCAGAAUCCAUGCUACAUGUGCGGCCAGGUGGAUACACACCCCAGCGAGCACUGAUUAACCCCUUUGCUCCCUCUCGAAUGCCCAUGAAGCUCACGUCCAACAGAAGGCGCUGGAUGCACACUUUUCCUGUGGGACCAUCCGGAGAGGCUAUCCAGAUCCAUCACCAGACCCGGCAGAAUAUGGCGGAGCUGCAAGGCAGUGGGCAGAGGGACCUGACUCACUCCUCUGCAGAGCUGCUGGAGUUAGCAUAUCAUGAAGCUGCUGGAAGGCACAGCACUUCCCGCCAGCCUGGUGACGGCAUGUCCUUCUUGAACUUGAGUGGAACAGAAGAGCUUUCUGCCAGCCUGCUUAGCAACAGCGGUGCAGGUAUGAAUCCUAGGACCCAGAAUAAGGAUUCUCUAGAAGACAAUGUUUCUAACUCUCCAGAACCAAUGCCAGGCUUCUGUUGCACAGUUGGAGUGGACUGGAAGUCUCUCACUACUCCGGCGUGCCUCCCCCUCACCACCGACUACUUCCCUGACCGCCAGGGCCUGCAGAACGACUACACGGAGGGCUGUUAUGAUCUCCUCCCAGAAGCAGAUAUUGACAGGAGGGAUGAGGAGGGUGUACAGAUGACGGCCCAGCAGGUGUUUGAAGAGUUCAUUUGCCAGCGUCUCAUGCAGGGCUACCAAAUCAUCGUGCAGCCCAAGGCGCAGAAACCCAACCCCGCUGUCCCGCCUCCACUGAGCAGUAGCCCACUCUAUAGCCGAGGUCUUGUGUCCCGAAACCGCCCCGAGGAGGAGGACCAGUACUGGCUGAGUAUGGGCAGAACUUUCCAUAAAGUGACGCUGAAGGAUAAGAUGAUCACAGUGACACGGUACCUUCCCAAGUACCCUUAUGAAUCUGCCCAGAUCAACUACACCUACAGCCUCUGCCCUUCCCACUCAGACUCGGAGUUCGUCUCCUGUUGGGUGGAAUUCUCCCACGAACGGCUGGAGGAGUACAAAUGGAAUUACUUAGAUCAGUAUAUCUGUUCUGCAGGCUCCGAGGACUUCAGCUUAAUCGAGUCUCUGAAGUUCUGGAGGACCCGCUUCCUGCUGCUGCCAGCCUGUGUCACCGCCACCAAGCGCAUCACAGAGGGGGAGGUGCACUGCGACAUCUAUGGGGACAGACCCCGUGCAGAUGAGGAUGAGUGGCAACUCCUGGAUGGCUUUAUCCGCUUUGUGGAGGGCUUGAACCGGAUCCGCAGACGACAUCGGUCAGAUCGCAUGAUGCGGAAAGGGGCUGCCAUGAAAGGCUUGCAGAUGACCGGGCCUAUUCCCACACACUCUCUUGAGUCAGCCGGCCCUCCAGUUGGGAAGAAGGGAACCUCAGCUCUGUCUGCGCUGUUGGAGAUGGAGGCCAGUCAGAAGGACGGGGCCUUCUUUAUGGAGUUUGUCCGCAGCCCACGCACGGCAUCGUCCACCUUCUACCCUCAGAUGUCUGUGGAACAACCAGUCCCUCCGAUGUUGGAUGGCACCAGUUUGGGGGUAAGCACAGGCCAGUCUGUGGACAGAGGCAACAGCCAGUCCUUUGGGAAUUCCCAGAACGUAGGAGAACAGGGCUUCUCCUCCGCAAACUCCAGUGACAACAGCUCUCAGCAGCCGGCAGCAAGCUCCCUGACGUCAUCCUCCACCCUGACGGAGAUCCUAGAAGCCAUGAAGCACCCCUCGACAGGAGUCCAGUUGCUCUCUGAACAGAAGGGCCUCUCACCGUACUGCUUCAUCAGUGCCGAGGUGGUGCACUGGCUGGUGAACCACGUGGAGGGGGUCCAGACGCAGGCCAUGGCCAUCGACAUCAUGCAGAAAAUGCUGGAAGAGCAGCUCAUCACACACGCAUCUGGCGAAGCCUGGCGGAACUUCAUCUAUGGCUUCUAUUUCUACAAGAUAGUAGUGGACAAAGAGCCAGACCGAGUGGCCAUGCAGCAGCCUGCCGCCUCCUGGCACACAGCAGGGGUAGACGACUUCGCCAGCUUCCAGCGUAAGUGGUUUGAGGUAGCCUUUGUGGCAGAAGAGCUCCUGCACUCCGAGAUUCCUGCCUUCCUUCUGCCCUGGCUGCCUAGCCGGCCAGCCUCCUAUGCAAGCAGGCACAGCUCCUUCAGCCGCAGUUUUGGAGGACGGAGCCAGGCAGCCGCGCUGUUAGCUGCCACUGUCCCAGAGCAGAGGACUGUGACCCUGGACGUUGAUGUGAACAACCGCACAGACCGGCUGGAGUGGUGCAGCUGUUAUUACCACGGCAACUUCUCCCUGAAUGCAGCCUUCGAGAUCAAGCUGCACUGGAUGGCAGUGACCGCUGCAGUACUCUUUGAGAUGGUCCAAGGUUGGCAUCGGAAAGCUACCUCCUGUGGCUUUUUGUUGGUCCCAGUUUUGGAGGGACCUUUCGCGCUGCCCAGUUACCUGUAUGGCGACCCCCUUCGAGCCCAGCUCUUCAUCCCGCUCAACAUCAGCUGCUUGCUCAAGGAGGGCAGCGAGCACCUGUUUGAUAGCUUUGAACCAGAAACGUACUGGGAUCGAAUGCACAUUUUCCAGGAAGCCAUUGCACACAGGUUUGGGUUUGUACAAGAUAAAUAUUCUGCCUCUGCCUUUAACUUCCCUGCUGAGAACAAGCCUCAGUACAUCCACGUUACAGGAACAGUGUUUCUGCAGCUGCCCUACUCCAAGCGCAAGUUCUCAGGGCAGCAACGGCGACGGCGGAACUCCACCAGCUCCACCAACCAGAACAUGUUCUGCGAGGAGCGGGUGGGCUAUAACUGGGCCUACAACACUAUGCUGACCAAGACGUGGCGCUCCAGUGCCACGGGGGAUGAGAAGUUUGCCGAUCGGCUGCUGAAGGACUUCACAGACUUCUGCGUCAACCGUGACAACCGGCUGGUCACGUUCUGGACAAGUUGCCUGGAGAAGAUGCACGCCAGCGCCCCAUGAGCCCAGACUGCGGCGGGGUUAGAAGGCUGUGCCCACGCAAGGGGCAGCGGAGCAAGCUGCUACCCUCAAACCCGGGGCGGAAGAUUCCAGUCAGUCUCUAGGCAUCAGGUGUCCAUUGGUGAGUGGGGGCCAUUGCUCCUUUUUGGCCUCCCAACAAGCAUUGUUCCACUGGAGGAGAAAGACUUUGGAAGCAGCUGCUGCUGCUGUCACCACCCAAAUCCCGUCAGCAAGCGCCCAGAGGAGGUGGGAGGCACAGAUUGUCCGUAGGAGGGCUUCAGUGUCUGGCAAGGGGGGCAGGCGGCCCCCACAAAUGUCCUCAGAAGGGGGUGGCUCCUGUUAGCAUCCUUUUCCUUCACCAUCCGUGGGAUAUUAGGAGCAGAAUCUGAUGCUUUCUGCCCAGGAGUGUGCCAGGGUGUAAGAUAAUCUUAUGAAAUAAUGUACCAUAGACUUCGCACCAACUGUACAUACCUGUACAUACCAGAAGCAAAUAAAGCUCCACAUGCAGCA